CAGAGCCCGGAAGUUGUCAUAAGGAGCUAAAAAGAGCUGCGGAGAAGAGCGCUGAUGUUAUAGCCUGUAAAUAACUCUCUCCGCUCGCUUGUGUACCAGAGAAGUGCGGGUGUUUCUGGGAUCGCGAGCGAUAUAAAGAGCAGGGGACGCCCGCGGUUCCAGGCGGAGAGAUGGAGUGGUUUGGAGGCGGCGUGUUUCACCCCGAACCCGACCGAAAGGAAAACAUGCCCCGCGCACACCCACACGAGCCCAGCGGGGAGAGCAUGGCGUCUCUGUGCCUGCGUCAGCAGCGCUGCGUGAAGGCCUCGAUCGCGUCGCAGUGGCAGCUGGCCGAGGCGCAGGACCAGCUCUGCGGUCUGGAGCUCCACAGCUCCGAGUCGGUGGAGCAGGAGCGAGCCCGAGCCCUGGCCUCCUCCGCCGAGCUCUCACAGACCGAGCAGGAGUGGAGGCGCAAAGAGACCGCUCUGUGCCCCGAGGCCAGCCGGGACGCCUUUGACAAGAGUAUCAUAAACAGCUCGCAGUCUUGGCCUCCUGAGUCUGAUCACGAUAAGAACACAAGCUUCGUCCAGCGUAAUGAAGAACUCUUGAAACAUUUCGGUAUGUUGAGGAGGUGGGAUGCUAGUCAGCGCUUUCUAGCGGAGUACCAUCAUCUCAUCUGUGAAGAGACGGCCAAUUACCUGAUCCUGUGGUGCUUCCGUCUCCAGGCAGAGCAGAAAGAGGCCUUAAUGGAGCAGGUGGCUCACCAGGCCGUCGUCAUGCAGUUCAUUCUGGAGAUGGCCCGCAAUGCUCAGCAAGACCCACGAGGCUGUUUCCGUCAGUUCUUUCAGAGAGCCAAAGCAGGGCAGGAGGGAUACUUGGACGUCUUCCACACAGAACUCAACGCCUUUAAGCAGAGAGUCACAGAGUAUACCAAGAAAUCGAAAGGAGAAAGCCCAAAGGAUGCGGUUCACCAAAACACACCGCCGGGCUGCCGCCUCGACCCCAAGGAGGUUUUGGAGUCUCUGCCACCGGAGCUGAAAACAUGCAUCCAGAUGCAGGAUAUGCAGAUUCUUCAGAACGUGCUGAGCAGCAUGAACCCGCAGGUGGCAGAAUACCACGUGAAGCGUUGCUUGGAGGCAGGACUUUGGACGAAUGUACCGCGAGCCUCCAAAGAAGACAGUUCAGAAACGGACGAGUGGAGGAUGAUGGAGACCUAGCAGAGACGGAUAUCGGUCCCCGAGCGACCUUCAGUAGGAAAGAAAAGCGCUUCGGUUCGCAGGACAGGAAGAACAAGGGCUGUGCUCAGAGACUUUUGUUUUGUAUCCGUGCCUGGAUGUGUGCUGCACUUUAUAUUUGUUUAAAAGAGAAAGUAUUUUAAAAGAGAUAGGCAACUGUAUUUUGAGGCACUUAUAUUUUGUUACGUUUCUGUUGCUGACUUUUCCUGUCGUUUUAGAGAAAGCGGUACGUGCGGGAUCGCAAAGGAAAACCCGGUAGCUUUUUUUUUUUUUUGUUCUUUUUGUUGUUCUCCGCCUUUGGAUUGCAAUCUACGACGUCCACCGAGCGCUCGAGCUCUGCUGCUAUCUGGGAAGCGUCUGCGCAUGGACACGGCAGAUAACAGUCGACUUCCUGCAGAUAGACAAACGACACCGAGGCGAAGCGGGAACUCCCACUUUGCCAUCUUCACCGUGGAAAUGAGAAAUAAAGUUCAAGCAGCGCAACACGAAAGCCAGCAAUAGAAUACGGUUUCCUUCGGUUAUAAUAAAGAGAUUCAGGUUCGGCGACGCUAAAGGCGUGAGGUCAUUAGAGGAGAAAAAAAAAGUUUCAUUCAUACAAUGAGGGUCGAUGGGACCCCAUUGGCUUUCAUUACAUGGUCAAAAACUAAUAGUGUCUCUCUUCUUGUAUUUUCCAUGUUUGGAACAACAAUGACGGUUUUCGCUUUUCACCAUUGCGACCAAUAAGGCUUUCGCCUCGCCAUCUAACUGACUUGUUUCGACUGCAGUAGUCGCGUUGAAACGCCGCCUGUGCUGCACAAAGAGCGUCUACAGCAAACCACAGUUCGUGUAACAGUACAUUAUGGCUGUGAUGACAUUGUGCAAGUCGAAAUCCUCAAAUAAAUCUUUAGACCGCUGGUA